AUGAGUGCAACAAACCGAAUUCAUUCCUCAGGAUCGCUGGAUACCUUCAAUCCAGUCUUGGUCACUCCUGUAAUUGGGAACGAAUUUGAAAAGGGAUCAUGCAACAUCGUGGACGACAUCCUCCACCAUCCUGAUGCGGAUCAAAGAAUCCGAGAUUUAGCUGUGAUGGUCGCAGAAAGGGGCGUCGUCUUCUUCCGCGCCCAGGACAAUCUCACCAACGACCUCCAAAAGCUCCUCAUCACCCGCAUGGGCUCUCUCACCACCCGUCCCCCUUCACAUGGCCUACACAUCCAUCCCGUCACAAACGACAAGCGCGAAUUUGGCGACCCAGAUCCUCAAAUCAGCACCAUCAGCUCCGAAGGCCGCAAGACGCUCUACAAGGGAUCUGAUUACACGCGCCUGGCCGCCGUAUGGCACAGCGAUAUUGCAUUUGAGAAAGCCCCCGCCGAUUUCUCCUCCUUGCGACUUACGCAGUUACCGAGUACGGGAGGGGAUACGCUGUGGGCUAGUGGCUACGAGGUCUAUGAUCGGCUAAGCAAGCCGUACCGGAAAUUUGUCGAGGKCCUGACGGCGGAGUUUCAGGGGGAGGGUUUCAAGCGGAUUGCGCAGUCCGGCAAAUUUGAGAUGUAUACCGGGGAGAGAGGAUCGCCGUUGAACGUGGGAAGUGACUUGGAGGCUAUCCAUCCGGUCGUACGCACCAACCCAAUUACAGGAUGGAAAUCCGUUUUCCCAAUUGGAUCCUUCGCAACACACAUAAACGGCCUAAGCCGUAGAGAAAGUCAAAACAUGCUCCAAUACUUUAAUGAUCUCAUCACAUUCGGCCAUGACCUUCAAGUUCGACUAAAGUGGCAGCAACCAAACGACAUCGUCCACGAAAAUCCAGCAAUUUGGGACAAUCGAAGUGUCUUCCAUACAGCUACAGGAGAUCAUGAAGGAUUCGGUCCCAGGAGCGGCAACCGAGCUGUGGGUGUGGGUGAAGUGCCCUAUUUUGAUCCCGAGAGUAAGUCGAGACGUGAGGAUUUGGGAAUUGUGGACUUGUUAUCUCCUGCGCAUCUAUAA